AUGACAAGGUUGUUUGUCGCAUCCAAGCACAUAAUAGCCGCGAGUUCUCCAACUCUGAGCUGCGUGAGUACUAUGCGCACGAAGGAAUCAUCUUACAAACUUCUUGUCCUGAGACACCUAAAACAGAAUGGCGUCGUGGAAAGAAAACAUCGCCACCUACUCAAAACUGUAGGAGCCUUGCGUGUUCAUGCGGGCUUGCCUCUUUCUUUCUGGGGAGAGUGCGUCUUAACUACUGCAUACUUGAUUAAUCGUAUGCUGCUUGCUCCACUGGAAAACAGAAGCCCCUAUCAGGUUCUCUUCGGUACCAACCCUAAGUAUGAUCACUUACGGGACCCAGCCACGCAGCCCGAAUAUUGUGUAUUCGACCUAGAGACUCACAUUAUCUACACUUCGCGUGACAUUCAGUUCUUUGAGGUUGUUCUGGCAUACAAGGACAAGGGUUUAAAUGGUAGUUAUGGUUCAUUCACGCUGCAUGAUCAUGCAGACCCACCUCUAGGAGAUGGCUUCCCUACGCAGAUCAUUGAUGACGAUGAUCCCCUACUGCCUCCUCAAACUCUUCCUCCCGAGCUCACCUCAUCUUCUCCCAUCCCUGAUCCAGCGACAAUUCCCUCGUCGAGCACUUCCGCAACGCCCUCCGUGCUUCUUCUCCUCCUCCGACCAUGAAAUCAGCACCAAUUUCCAACACAGUUUCUGAACCUCAUCGUGGGUACCGCGACCGUCAUCCUCCCAAACACCUAGUUGAUGUUUAUGACGUCGAACUACUUGGCUAUUCUCAAGAAUAUUCGGUUAUCUAUCCAAUGGAUCAUCAUGUUAGCUAUCAUCGCCUCUCUACUCCUCAUCGCGCGUUCGUGGCUAACAUCACUCAUCAUCUGGAACCUAGGUACUAUCAGCAGGCGGUUCGAUACUUUCAUUGUUGGUUAGCCAUGCAAGCCGAGAUCUCGGCCCUGGUCUCUAAUGGUACUUUGGAACUUGUUUAUCUUCCUCCCGGUAAACGAGCCAUUGAUUGCAAGUGGGUUUACAAAAUCAAGUUCAACCCCGAUGCUUCUGUCGAGUAAUUGAUUCGGGCUCAAAUUCACACAUUUUACCCCUCAUUUCUUAUUUGUUUAGCUUAGUAUUUCAUCGUUCCUCAACAUAUUUCAUGCUAGGUUGUGCUUGUUUUGAUACAUUUCAGGUCCUAGAACGUGUGGAAGGGUCGAGGAUGAGUUUUGGGAUAUUUGGAGGUCAAAAAGCGCAAAAAACCGAAGAAAAGCCCAUAGUAGUGAAGUGAAGGCAUCCCAAGAAACAACCACAGUUCACAGCCGGACAAGGUAGUUCACAGUCUCCUAAGACCGUGAACUUGGACCACAAACCGUGAACAUCGAGCAGUCUAGCAAGGUUCAUGAAGUUACUGGCGACAAGGCAGUGAAGAGGCACGUUUUGAACUGGGGCCAUUAACCGUGAACCCAGGCGAGUGAAGAGACGCGUUUUGGACGACGCUGAGUUCACAGACGCAUUUAGGUGUUCACGACCGUGAACUGGCAUCGCGUCCGUGAAUUGGUCACUUUCGGGCAAAUAUGAAGACAUCAGCGGGGAGAGAGAAAGAGAGCUGGUUUUUGGAGAAGAAACACUUUUUUCUCUAGGGUUUCAACCUAAAACACCAAAGGGGAGUUCUAUUGAGAGAGAGAGAGAGAGAGAGAGUGCUAGAGUGAUCUUGGAGCAUCAUUGGAUGCUUGGGUGGAAUAUUCAAGCCUAAAAGAAGAAGAAGAUCUUGAGCUCAAAUUUGUAAUCCCUCUCUCUCUCUCUCUCUCUCUAGAAACUCACUCUUUUCUCUUGGGUGUUGUAGAUCCCUAACUAAUACUUUGUAAUUACUUGUUUAGAUUGAAAGAUUGUCAUUGGGUAGUUUUUAAUUCAAGUAUCAAGGUAUUAUUCAUGUCGAUUGUGCAUACUCAUGCUUAGCAAUCUAAGGGUUGUGCAUGUUUUGUGCUUAGUAUCCUUAGGCUUGUGCAUUGUUGUGCUUAGCAACCUAAUGAUUGUGCAUAUUUGUGCUUAGCACCCUUAGGUUUGUGCAUGUUGGUACUAGCAAUCUAAUUAGCCACUUUAAUCUAGGUUAAUUUAGGGCAAACCUCAAUGUUGAAUUAAGCAAAUUGGUUAAGCGUGAUUAAGCCGUCCAACCUUGAGUUAGUGAGGGAGUAAGCCAACUACCGAUUGUAUAAAGCUAGAUGGUCGAU